AUGAGAGCAGCCCAGAUCGAGAAGGCCAAGCCCGUGAUUUCCUACUGGUGCAAAUUUCACAUAGUAAAUCAGAUCAUCGGACGGGGUCUUCAUAAUUCCAACGAUGAAAUUCAAAUCUACAUCACCAAUCUGGUGGAUAAGCUUGAGCAGUUCAAAAGCGAGCAUUCUGGCGAUGAAUUGGUGGUGGAUAGCGUCGCGGCGAGUGCACUGGUGAAGUGCUUUGGGUUGGAAGUCUUUGCUCUCGCUGAAGCUGCUAUGAACGCUAGAAAGGUCACGAAGCAAACCGCAGAUACGUUACAGGUGGCGGCUCUAUUUCUCGAACUACGUCAAAUCUGGGGGGCUCUGGACCCGAAGAUUGCCGGAAGGAUCAAGUUCGGAAAGUAUCAUGCAGUCCGAAUUAUGAAGGCAAUAAAGAAUGGUGAAGAUCCCAAUGCGACGAAUCCUGUUCCGGAAGAGGAAGAACAAGAAUCAAUCGCCAGUCAGGAUGUUCGAACACUCGAUGGAUCGUGGCCGCCUGCAACGUCGAAUUAUGAUAUUCUUUCUGUACUCGGCGAUAUCCCUGGUUCUCCUGCGCGAACAAAGGACAUCAGCAACCCACAACUAGGAGACUUAGAACUCUCCUCAUUCCCGGGGACAAUUGGGUACUCUUCAUCAGUGCCAAACCUACCAGGUAUUCCCGGGGCCUCAACCCUCAGCGGAGCCGAUGCCUUGCGUACCCUGCACCCCUUUCCACCACCAGCCAUUAGUUCUUCAGUCGCCGUACCGGCCCCAGCUUCCUUCGAUGAGCUAUCGGGCGCUAGCUCUCAUAUUCCGCAUCCUACAGCUGUGCCGUCCGGUCCACCUCCAGUUCUACGUGCAUCUCUGGCUCAUGUGCGCACUGGAUCACCAAGUCAACCAUCACAGUCAGUCGACGAACAGUCUAUCUCUCUGGCACAGAAACAUGCUCACUGA